AUGUAUGUGAAAUGGUUUGAUGCAGGAAUGUUAUAUUAUGUGAUUUUAGUGUAUUUAGUGAAUGUCACUUUUUGUCAUUUUCAAAUUUCCCGCCGUUCCGUUCUCUGUACGUCCCGACGUCGCAGGGAAUGGAACCCGGAAGACAGAUGCCGGCAUCGGCCGGAGGACAUUGCCGGGGACACUGCAGGAGGGACAUCACGGGAGCGCAGGACAAGGUAAGAGAAGAACAGAUCCCGGAGCAACGCUGCAGUGUAUUCCCGAGUGUAGCUCGGGGUUACCUCUUGCGCUACACUCAGGAAUACCACCAGGGAGGCUACGGCAA